CUCUGUGUGACAGCGGAUGGGAACAGCUGGGCUCUGCCCUGCUUCGUAGCAGCUUGUCAGAGCAAUUAUCUUGGCAAAGGAAAGGCAGCCAGAGUCCAUAGCACUCCAUUCACAAGGCCACCAAAAAGAGAAAAGGGGAGGGGGCUAAAUUUAAGGCAGUUAAACAGGAAGAGAAAAAAAAAAAAAAACUCGUCGUGAAAUAUAUCCAGCAUUCGAUUUGCAUUGAAAUCAACCUGCUCCCGCACAUCACAAAGAUGAUCUCCUUCAUAGGUUGGAAGAGCUGAUUUUCAUCAAUCAGCCUCUAUCACCCCUCCUCUAACGGUUGCUGCCAAUUGCUUUGUACUAUGCUGAAGAUGUCCCAUGGCCACACAGCCCAGGAAACUUUGGAGAUCAUGAAGGAGUCAGAAAAACGCUUGGUCGAAGAGUCUGUGAACAGAAGCAAGGCAGUGUCAAGAUCACCAAGUAAAGAGGAGCCAGAAUCAGACGAGCCAAAUGCACGUCAAGAACCACAGAGGCGGAAUCCAAGCCACGGACAUGCUAGGAAACGAGCCAAGUCAAACUCUAAACUGAAGCUGGUAAGAAGUUUAGCAGUGUGUGAAGAGUCAUCUGGACCAUUUGUGGAUGGCUGUUUGGAACCUCAGGAUGUUAUUCACUUGCAUAUCAGCUGUCCUUCUGAUAAGGAAGAGAAGUGCUGUAAGGAUGGGCCUGAGAAGGAUGAGAAAAAUAAGGAAAAGGGGCCAAAGAAAAUGCUGUCUAGAGAUUCUAGUCAGGAGUACACAGAUUCUACUGGAAUAGAUGUACACGAAUUUUUAGUGAACACACUGAAGAAUAACCCAAGGGACAGAAUGAUGCUGCUAAAAUUAGAACAAGAAAUCCUUGAAUUUAUUAAUGAUAAUAGCAAUCAAUUUAAAAAGUUUCCACAGAUGACCUCAUAUCACAGGAUGCUUUUACACCGUGCUGCUGCUUACUUCGGCAUGGAUCAUAACGUAGACCAAACAGGCAAAGCCGUAAUCAUUAAUAAAACCAGUAACACACGAAUACCUGAGCAAAGGUUCUCUGAGCACAUCAAAGAUGAAAAGAGUUGUGAAUUUCAACAAAGAUUCAUCCUAAAGAGAGACGAUGCCAGCAUGGACCGUGAUGAUAAUCAGAUUAGAGUACCUUUGCAAGAUGGAAGGCGGAGUAAAUCCAUAGAAGAGCGAGAGGAGGAGUAUCAGAGAGUUCGGGAGAGAAUUUUUGCAAGAGAGUCAGCCCAAAAUGGUCAUAUUGCUGAUAACAGAGUCUACAGAGAAGGCUUUUCCACUCUCUCUCACAAAAGGAGACAGUUGUUUAGAGGCAACAGAGACUUUCUGAAUAGAGGCCCUGGUAGUCGACAGAGCAGUACUGAAAGUGAACUGAAAUCUCUGGAUCCAAGACCUUGGAGCAGCACAGACUCUGAUGGCUCCUGCCGCAAUAUGCGUCCUCCAGUAACCAAAGCCAGCAGCUUUAGUGGCAUUUCUAUCCUGACCAGGGGGGAUAGCAUUGGCAGCAAUAAGAACGCAGUCAACCGGACGGGCCGACCAGGCCUGCCAAUAAGCACCCCAGAAGUAUGCAGCCAAGCCACCUCCUCCCAGCAGUCCACUAGAAGCAUCAUAUCUUGCACUGCACAGCAACAACAUCCCCAUCCUCACCAGGCACUUCCACCCACUCCUCAGCAACAAUCCAUGAGUAACCACUUAAUGUCACAGACCCUUCAGCCCUCUCCACAACCGGUCCAGUACUCCGCCAGCUCCUGCCCCCAAGUCCUUCUGCCAGUUUCAUCUCCCCAGCAGUACAAUCUGGCUGAUGAUUUGAACAGUCACUUUGGGCAGAUGACACUCAGUCGGCAGGGUUCAUCUGAGGUUCCUGAUCCCUCUGCUGCCAUCUACCAGUCAUCUCUUAUUUCCCAGCAUCCCCAGCAGGCUGGCUUUAUCAUGACAUCUGGGGGACAAGCCAUCCCUCCAACUGGUUACCCUUCCUCAGGGCACCCUUCCCCAACCCAGCAAGUCAUGCCACCACAGGGAUUCAUGCAGCCUCCACAGCAAAUUCAGGUCUCUUAUUAUCCCACGGGUCAAUAUCCAAACUCUAGCCAGCAAUACCGACCUCUCCCGCACACAGCGGCCUACAAUUCACAGCGCAAUCAGCAGGUCACCCAGCCUCCUCAGCAACCUGGUAUGCAGCCCAUAAUAUCCAACCAGCCACCUGCUUACCAGGGAAUGAUGGGUGUUCAGCAGUCACAAAAUCCUGCCAUGCUCAAUAACCAGAGGGCAAGUGUUGGAAAUCAAAUGCAAAGCAUGAUGGUGCAGUACACUCCACUUCCUUCAUAUCAGGUUCCAGUGGGAAACGAAUCGCAGGGAGUUGUGUCACAGACCUAUCAGCAACCUGUACUUGUUCCCACCAAUCAGACUGUGCAGGGAACCAUGCAAGCUGGAGGGAUGCCAGUCUACUACAGUGUUAUACCACCAGCACAGCAGAAUGGUUCCAGCACAUCUGUGGGUUAUCUUCCGCCUCAUGGCUCUGAGCAGUACCAGAUGCCUCAGUCUCCUUCUCCCUGCAGCCCUCAACAAAUGCAACAGCAGUAUUCAGGUGUCAACCCUUCAAGCCUGGGUGUGGUGGUGAUGCAGCUGAAUGUACCCAAUGGCCCGCAGGCGACAUCACAGAACCCGCCAGUAGUCCAGUGGAACCACUGCAAAUAUUUUAGUGUUGACCAAAGGGGUCAGAAACCUGAGCAUCUGUACGCUGCAGAUGCCAGCACUCAGGCCAGUAAUCUCAUGAACAGUCCCAUUACAUCCCCAGCACAGUCACCAGCGCCUUCUCCGGGCUCUAACAUGAACAGUGUUUGCACUGGACUUUCGCAACUAUCUGUCAUUCCCCAGUUUCCUCGACCUGUUGGCCCUGCACAAGGCGAUGCACGGUAUUCUUUGCUUGGACAACCACUUCAGUACAACCUUUCUGUUUGUCCCCCAAUGCUGCACAGCCAGCCCCCCUAUUCUGCACAACUGACAGGGAUGAAACAUGGGAACAGAGGAAAGAGGCAAGCACUAAAAUCGGCAUCUACAGACCUUGGUUCAGCAGAUAUAGUUCUGGGCCGUGUUCUGGAGAUUACAGACCUACCAGAAGGCAUCACUCGAGCAGAAGCAGGAAAACUUUUCACACAGCUGGCAAUGUCUGGGGCCAAAAUACAGUGGUUGAGGGACGCUCAGGGUCAUGCCCCAGGACCUAGUGGCAACAAUAAUGGACCUGCAGAAAAUGGCCGCCAAAUUCACAACAAUGACCUGGCAGCCUUUUAUACCAUCGUGGCAGUCUUCCCCAGCACCAUGGCAGCACAGAACGCCUCAGUGCAGCAAAACAGUCCACUCAGCCACUUCAAGUUGCGCAGUAUCAAAAAGAACUAUGAUUUGCGCAUACUGGAACGUGCCAGCUCGCAAUAGCAUGUGAAGAUAGGUGGGGAAAGGUGUGAAGGAGGGGACAGGAGGAAGAGGAAUACAUCUCUCCCUUUCUAAUCACACCUCUUUUUCUCUCCUCUUCCCACCACCAGUUAAAGAAGCACACUGGACUUAUAAAUACAGCCGCUACCUUUCUAGCCCUCUUGCUCCAUGCACCUUUUAUUGUUAUCAACAGCUUCCUUAAGCCAUUUUACUUCAUGUUUGUCCAACCUUUUAGUUUUAUCAUUCUUCACUUCUGAUUCGCUGCCCAAUGCUCACACAUCUCUUAUGUUGCCUACUUUCUUUAUAUGUUUCUUUCCUAAACUUGCACGCUCUCCUUUAUGUUUGGCUUUUCUUUCAUUAUGCCGCUGACUCCCACCGUUCAUUAUCUUUGUGGGCCGCUACCAUAUCGUUGAUGCCCAUUUGUUUCUUUCACAUCCUGCAUACACCACAGGCUCUUCUACCGUGUCAAAUUUUAUAUAUUGAUUUUCCUCUUCGAAUUCUCUUCUGCGGUACUUUUUAUAAAGACGUUGCCCAAUUUCUGAUCGAGAGCAGAGAUGCUCUGUAGCGGGUAUGAAGCUGCCAUAGGGCAAAAGGGUAAAGGAAUGGACAGAUUAUUUUUUUCUUUCUUCACCCUGAGUGAAAUUUUGAACAUUUUGCCUUUUUUUAUUUCUAUUUUUUUUCUCAGAGUUGGUUGUCCCUGAACAUUGUAUAGAUUUUUUUUUUCGUUCUUUUUGAUGCUUGUGAGAGUACAUUAACAUGGGUAUUUAUUUGCACAAAUGGGCUGUACUCACUGUAAAUUUUAUUUAAUCCGAUUUUGUUUUUAAAUAUGGAAAAAAAGUAUGUGUCACAUUAA